UGACAAAUAAAUCGAGGAGACUUGACUCUUGAGUAAUGAGUACCCGUAUUAUUUAUUAUACUGCUCUUUGGUCAUUAAUGUAAUAUAGAGACGUACAUUGUAAAAUUAUCAUUCACAUACUAGAAUAUUGUGCUAAAUAGCUCUUUUAAAUAGAAGUACAUAUCGAACAUUUUUUGUUUGUUUAUAUUCACAGUAAAAAAGUGACACGGAAAAUUUUGAUAUUCAAUCAUGGGAAAGGGAUUUAAUAAUUAUAUGUGUAAAAAAUUCUUCCAUCCUGCUUCUCGAGAUAAUUUAAAAAGAGUAUGGAUGGCAGAACAAAAAACAGAAGCAUACAAAAAGAAACAAGAGGAAUUACGCGUUCAGUAUGAAAAAGAACAAGAAUUACAUGAAAACAAAGCUUUACUCAGCAAGGAUAGCAAAGACAAAUUAAGCCUGAAUUUUAUGUAUGAACCACCACCAGGUGUUAAAAAAGAACGGGAGCGUGAAGACAAUGAGCCAGAAUAUAAAUUUGAAUGGCAAAGAAAAUACAAUGCUCCAAGAGAAAGCUACUGUAAAGGUGACAAUGAAAUCAGAGAUCAACCAUUCGGAAUUCUGGUCAGAAAUGUGCGUUGCAUUAAAUGUCACAAGUGGGGCCAUAUUAAUACAGACAAGGAGUGUACUAUGUACUCUUUAUCUAUGAGUGAAGCUCGUGCAUUGCAAGCUUCAGCAUCAACACCUCAAGAAGAGGAAGAAAAGCCUGAUGUUCCUACAUUGAUGCAACAAAUGCGUGAUAAUGGAUUAGUUAUGAAGCCAGGGGCCAUGCCUCUCGCUGCCACUAAAAUUGUUGAGAAUGAUUCAUCAUCUCUUACUGAAACAGAUCUCAUUAGUCAGCUGACUAAAAAGCAAAAGAAAAAAUUAUUGAAGAAAUUGGAGAAACUGGAAAAGAAGAAAGAAAAGUCUAAGAAGCACAAAUCUAAACAUUAAACUUGUAAAAAAUGUUGCAAUGUUUUUGAAUUAAUAUAAUAAAGAUUUGACUUUAAUUAAAAAUUAAUAAUGUGUCUUAA